AUAUUAACCCGGGAGGCGGCGGCGGGGAGGGGAGAGGCUCUGAGAGGCGAGGCCGGGUGAGGCGGAGAGGGCGGCCCGUCGGGCGCGGGACGGGACUGGGCAGCGCGGGCGCCGGGAGCCGCGGCCCGAAGUCGGGGCGCCUCGCCCCGGGCCCCCCAGCAUGAAGACCCCGGCGGACACAGGGUUUGCCUUCCCGGAUUGGGCCUACAAGCCGGAGUCGUCCCCUGGCUCAAGGCAGAUCCAGCUGUGGCACUUUAUCUUGGAGCUGCUGCGGAAGGAGGAGUACCAGGGCGUCAUCGCCUGGCAGGGGGACUACGGGGAGUUCGUCAUCAAGGACCCUGACGAGGUGGCCCGGCUCUGGGGCGUCCGCAAGUGCAAGCCCCAGAUGAACUAUGACAAGCUGAGCCGAGCCCUGCGCUAUUAUUACAACAAACGCAUUCUGCACAAGACCAAGGGGAAACGGUUCACCUACAAGUUCAACUUCAACAAACUGGUGCUGGUUAAUUACCCUUUCAUCGAUGUGGGGUUGGCUGUCUCCCCUCUCCUCUCAGGGGGUGCAGUGCCACAGAGUGCCCCUCCAGUGCCGUCUGGCGGAAGCCACUUCCGCUUCCCUCCCUCAACGCCCUCCGAGGUGCUGUCUCCCACUGAGGAUCCCCGCUCACCACCGGCCUGCUCUUCAUCUUCCUCCUCCCUCUUCUCCGCUGUGGUAGCCCGCCGUCUGGGGCGUGGCUCCGUCAGUGACUGUAGUGAUGGCACAUCAGAGUUGGAGGAGCCAUUGGGAGAGGACCCCCGGGCACGACCACCUGGCCCUCCAGAGCUGGGGGCCUUUCGAGGGCCCCCACUGGCCCGCCUGCCCCAUGACCCUGGUGUCUUCCGUGUCUAUCCCAGACCCCGGGGUGGCCCUGAGCCCCUCAGCCCUUUCCCUGUGUCUCCUCUGGCUGGGCCUGGCUCUCUGCUACCCCCUCAGCUCUCACCAGCCCUGCCCAUGACACCCACCCACCUGGCCUACACACCCUCGCCCACACUGAGUCCUAUGUACCCCAGUGGUGGUGGUGGCCCUAGCGGCUCAGGGGGAGGCUCACACUUCUCCUUCAGCCCCGAGGACAUGAAACGGUACCUGCAGGCCCAUACCCAAAGCGUCUACAACUACCACCUCAGCCCCCGCGCCUUCCUGCACUACCCUGGGCUAGUGGUGCCCCAGCCCCAGCGCCCCGACAAGUGCCCACUGCCGCCCAUGGCACCCGAGACCCCACCAGUCCAGUCCUCAGCCUCGUCCUCCUCUUCCUCCUCCUCUUCC